AUGGUUGAAAAAGAAAUUAUCGAUAUUUCGAUUAAAUUGUUUUGGAAUGUAAAUGAUUCAUCAGCAACUUUCGUUGGACCUUUAGAAUUUACAACUGUUUUAAACCAUGGUUUUACAACAAUCAAGGAUCUGGAUGAACCAGACACAAUUUUAUUAAAUGGAAAUAGCUACAAAAAGAUAGCAGAUAGCGAUAUUCACGAUUUUAUAUCCCCUAUUAAUAAUGUUUCCUUGGAAGAGGUACAUGAAGAAGGAUUAAUGCACGAUGAUUUACAAGAGCCACUUGAUGUUUUUCCCGACCAAUCUAACGAACAAGAUAAUCAGGAAAAUGAAGAAGAAUUAAUUCUCGAUGAUUCGAUAUCAUCACAAGAGCCUCAAAAUAAUCAGAAAAAUGAAAAUGAAUUAAUACUCGAUCAUUCAGUAUUACUGCAAGAAUCUGUUGGUUUUCCAGACCAAUCUGGAGAACAAAUUGAUUCUCAAGAUAAUCAGCGUACAUACGAUGGAAUGGCAAAUGCUCCGAGUAACCAAUAUCCUAUCGUUUUAAUUCCGAGUGUCAAUGUGGAAUUAUUAAAUUUGAAACUUCAGCGAAGUCCAUCACAAAUUGAUGAUUCCGAGGAUGAGAUUGAUGAUAAUAGUGAAUCAUCGAAAGUUAAUGAGCAAUCAUCUGAAAUUCAAGAAGACGACGAUCACCAGGAACAGUCAGACGACUCACUACCCCCAGAAAAGAACAGCAAAUCUUUGCGCGUUAAUAAACGGAAAUCAAAAAAGAGAAAGCGUAAGGUCUCGUUAAAUAUUUCACGUAAAAAAAAAGAAAAAACACAAAUACAACACGCAUUUUCAUCCGAAACUGAUUCCGAUGAAGACGAAUCAAUGUCAUCGGAUGCUGCAAUUGAAGAAUUGCAAAUAAGUAGCACCACGAAUGAAAUUGAAAAAAAUAAGGCACACCUCUUAAAGGAUAACUUUGAAAUUGUCCAAAGAAAUCAAUUUAUAGUGUAUGGUGAUAAACUUUUUUCAAAGAAUAGAUCAAUAGAAGAUCUUCUGAUCCCGAAUUUUAAUCACCUUUUUAAUGAUAUCAAUGUGAUUAAUUUUUCCCUUCAACCAUUACCUUCUUACUCAACCAAUAUGGAAUCAUUGGAUAACUAUUUCAAAGAAUGGAAAGUACAAUAUAAUCAACUUAAGUAUACAAAGACAGAAGUCGAAGAGAAAAUGUUAAAAUUAUUGUAUGAACUUAGGGGUGCAUACUUAACAUUGCUCAUAAUACUAUCAAAAGAGUAUGAGCGAGAUAAGAAAAAGCUUCCAGGUCACAAGAUCUUACGUGGUUUAGUGAAGGGAAAAGUCAAAUCAAUUUUAAGAAUUGGCGAAAGGCAUGAGCAGAGAUAUUGGGUAGGAACAUGGAGGCUUAUAGAAUUACUCAAUAUAACACAUUGCCCUGCAUCUAUUCUUGUAGAGUCAGGUCUCACUGCAAGAUAUUUAAUGAGGGAUGCAAAUUAUAAUCAGUUUCUUAAAAGUCUCCUAAAUAAUGUUGAGGUCAAUCAUGAAGCUCCCAGGUUUAGCAAAUCUUUGAUGUUAAGAAUUAAAGAAAAGGAACCUAAAUUUUAUUAA